ACAAACAAAGAAACCCUAAUGUUUCUCAAAGGUUCCAAAACCAGGCCCUAAGCACAUGAUCCCUCUAAAUGUCAGACUCCUUGAUUCCUUCUAUCAAAGCAUCUCUCUCUUUGUUUUUCUCUUUUAGCUUUCUUCUUUGCAAGAAGUUACCCUUCUUCUUUAUCCCCUUUGCUUUUCUCUCUCUCUCUCUCUCACACACACACCCUUUAUUCCCUCUUGAUCCUCCUUGAGUUUCAUAAGCAAUAAACUUAGAAACCCUUACAAUCUCAAGAACAAUUCAAACACUAAUCUCUUUCUCUCUUGUUUUUUUGUUUCCCAUGAAAUUGUAAGCCAUUUCAAGAACCUUAGGAACAAAAAAAUGCCAUCUCCACCAGAACUUAGCCUUGAUUGCAAGCCUAACAGCUACUCUAUGUUACUCAAAUCAUUUGUUUCAGAUCAGGUGGCUAUGCCUUCUCAAGAUCAUACUCAGAAGCAACUUGAAGAUUUGCUAUCUCGUCUUGAAGGAGAAAGACUCAAAAUUGAUGCUUUCAAACGUGAACUUCCUCUUUGCAUGCAACUUUUAACCAAUGCUUUGGAGAGUUCUAGACAGCAAUUGCAAGCUUGCAAAGGAAACAAUAUUCAUCAAAAUGGUUCAAAGCCUGUUCUUGAAGAGUUCAUUCCACUCAAACAAUCAACCCCAGAAGGGCAAGAAACAAUUUCAAGCAUUUCUGAUAAAGCAAAUUGGAUGAUAUCAGCUCAACUUUGGAGCCAAACAACAAAUGAUGAAACAAAACCAAAUCUUUCCUCUUCAAAAGACGCAAUUAUUGAUCAUCAAAUUGGCUUCAUCCCAAAGCUUCAAAGAAACAACAACAACAACAGCAAUAAUGGUGGAGCUUUUCAUCCCUUUUCAAAAGAUAGAAUUUUGAGCAAUACCCAAAAUUCUAAUUCUUCUCAGCUUCCCGAUUUGGCGCUCGCCGCCGGCUGCGGUGGUGAUCGGAAAGAGAUUGAUGAGAAUAAGUGCGUAGAUAACUCCGAUCACCACCAGCCGGAAAAUGUUAAUUUGGUGGCCGGAAAAGUGAAUUUGGUUGGAGAUGGACAAAUUACGACUAGUAAUGUUUCCUCCACGGUGGCUAAUAACAAUACCAACAAUUCUACUAAUCACACUCACCGGAAAGCUAGACGGUGCUGGUCGCCGGAUUUGCACCGGCGAUUUGUUAAUGCUCUUCAAAUGCUUGGUGGUUCACAAGUUGCCACUCCAAAGCAAAUCAGGGAGCUGAUGAAGGUUGAUGGUUUGACCAACGAUGAAGUUAAAAGCCAUCUGCAGAAGUAUAGGUUGCACACAAGACGACCGAGUCCAAGCCCACAGGCGGCCGGAGCUCCGGCGCCGCAGCUGGUGGUGCUAGGUGGCAUAUGGGUUCCACCAGAAUACGCUACUGCCGCGGCUGCCGCCGCACACGGAGGAGCUCCGGCACUCUACGCACCACACCCAACAUCCUACUGUGCACCACCAGUGCACCAAGAUUUCUAUCCUCCGCCGCCACCGCUGCCACACCACCAACUCCACCACCAACACGCGCUCCACCAGCAGCUGAACAUGUACAAGGCAGCCGCCGCCGCAGCCGCUCAAGCCCAAAGCUCGCCUCAAUCCGAAGGGCAAGGAAAUGGCGGUCGAUCGGAGAGUAUCGAGGACGGCGGGAAGUCGGACAGCGGCAGCUGGAAAGCCGAGAGCGGCGGAGAAAAUAACGGUGGCGGAGAGAGAAAGGGGAACUUGGCGGCGCUGAGGCAAGAGGCCGGUGAGGAAAGCAACGGGAGUGAAAUUACACUCAAAUUCUGAGGUUAUUUAAGUAAUUAUGAUGUGAUUAGGGUAUUUAGACUAAUUAAUUUAAGAAUUAGAAUUAUAAAUAUAUAUUAUAUUAUAUAUUAGAGGAA